AUGUCAUCAUGGUGUUGUUUCCUCAUCUUCUUUUUGUCUCUGUUUCAAACUUGUUUUCUUUACUCUUCUUCUUCUUCUUCUUCUCCCCAAAUAUGUCACUCUGAUGAGAGGUUUGCUUUGCUGCAACUAAAGCAAAAGCACCACUAUGUCCAUCCACUUCCUGACUACAAUCCUUUUUUAGCCUUGUUCUAUCCGUAUUCUAAAUACCGCUCCCUCAAGUCUUGGAAGCCAAAUACUGAUUGCUGCUAUUGGGAAGGCAUCAGUUGCGAUGUCACCACUGGUCAUGUGGUUAGCCUUGACCUCACUCAUUCAUCACUCAGCGGUUCUAUCCACUCCAAUAGCACCCUCUUCCAUCUUUCUCACCUUCAAAUGCUUAACCUCUCGUGGAAUCAAUUCGACUACUUUGCUUCAUCCAGGUUUGAUAGACUCUCCAAGUUAAUGCAUCUCAACCUGUCAGGUAACUUUUUUGCUGGACGAAUUCCAUCACAAAUAUCACAACUCACAGAUUUGGUUUCUCUUGAUCUUUCUUCAAAUCAUUUUCAGGGUCAAAUCCCGUUUGCAAUCUCAGAGCUGACUAACCUUGUUUCCCUUGACCUCUCUAGAAAGAGGUUUAUUUUCCAUACUUUAUUUAUUGGCCGUAUUAUACACUCCCUUUUUCCGCAAAAUCUUGAAAUCCCUAAUUUGAGAGAAUUUGUUCAAAACCUAACUAACUUGAGAGAAUUGCGUCUUGAUGGGGUGAACUUGUCAGCUCAAAAGAAUAGGGAUUGGUUUCAUCGCUUAUCAGCCACACUCCCUAACCUUCAUGUGCUGUCAAUGAGGAAUUGUUCACUUAUAGGCCCCUUGGAUAUAUCAACCUCAAGUUUUCAUUUCCUCUCGGAGCUCUACCUUGACUUAAAUGAAAAUCUCUCCUCCACAGUACCAAAUUCUUUGGUGAAUCUUACUGCAUUGACUGUCCUUAGUCUCCAAUAUUGUGGAUUCUAUGGAGAUUUUCCGAGCGAUGUUUUCCUUCAACCUAACCUAAAACACAUAGACAUAUCAGGGAAUCCUCUCCUCUCUGUUCAUUUACCUGAAUUCUCUCAAGACAAUAGUGCUCUUAGAUAUCUGGCCGCUGCCAACACGAAAUUCCAAGGGAAGUUUCCAAGUUCAGUUGUCAAUCUCAAGUUUUUGAAGGCAUUGUUUCUCGACGAUUGUAAUUUCUCUGGACCAAUCCCACCUUCUCUAGCAAACCUUACCCACCUUAUCAAAUUGGGUCUUUCAGGGAACAAUUUUAAUGGUCAAAUUCCUUCUUUCUUCAGAGGAAACUUUCCCAAUCUUGAGGUACUGCACUUGCGCUACAAUUUGCUCCAAGGCCCCAUUCAUUCUUAUUUGUUUUUUCUUCCAUCAUUGAGAAUGUUGGACUUGUCCGAUAACCAAUUCAGCGGAGUCAUAGAUGAGCAUAUUCACAACAUAUCUUCUUUCUCUUUUCCACGGAAGUUUUACCUAAGAGGCAACUACUUGAAAGGACAAGACCUAAUGAGAUCACUUUCCAAAAUCAAAGGAACAUUUGAGGUCCUUGACCUUUCAUUCAAUGACUUCAGCUACAUUGGGGAAGAUACAAAUCUUUCAUAUGAUAGUUUGUCUGUCGAUGGGAGUGAUGACAACUUCAUCAACAUUCAAAUUCAGGAAUUGUGGAUGGAUUUUUGCAAUCUUAGUAGAUUCCCAGAUUUCCUUAUGAACCAAAAGGAAAUGUUCUCUCUAUACCUUUCAAGGAAUAGAAUUGAUGGCACAAUACCCAAAUGGAUAUGGCAACAGAAUUUGUCAUGGCUAGAUCUUUCCUACAACUCCUUGACAGGUCUAGAAUUGCCAUUGCCUAAUCACUCCUUCAACAUUGAACUUCUUGAUCUUCAUUCAAACAAGAUACAAGACUGUCUCUCAAUGGCUCCUUGCUUUCCACAAACAUUCAAUCAAUCUUGCAGUGAGUUUGUAUCUUCUAUCUUAGGGAAUCUCACAUCCCUUCUCUCCAAAGCCAAUUUAUUUUCAAUUUCUGAGAAUAAUUUAACUGGAAAAAUCCCUUUCUCACUCUGUAAUGCCAGUAAUUUGGGUAUUUUGGAUUUGUCCAAUAACCAAUUGAGUGGCCUCAUUCCAACAUGCCUUGCUAGUAGUAAUUUGGGGGUUCUUAAUUUAGAAAACAACAAAUUACAUGGACCCAUUCCUCCUACUUUCAAAAAUGGGUGCAGUCUGCAGACUCUCAAACUCAACAAAAAUAUGCUUCAAGGAGAAAUUCCAAGAUCAUUGUGCAACUGCAAGGAACUCAAGGUGUUAGAUAUUGGGGAUAACCAAUUGAAUGAUACAUUCCCAUAUUGGUUGGAAAAUCUUUCUGAAUUGCAAGUUCUUGUCAUCAGAUCUAACAAAUUUGGUGGUCCCAUUACUCAACUCCCUCAAGCUGAUUCUCCUUUCCUAAGCCUCCAUGUCAUUGACCUCUCUUUCAAUGCUUUCACCGGGAGCUUACCAUUGCAAUAUAUUCUUCAUUGGAGGGCAAUGAUGAUUGUGGAGAACAAUUCAGUUUUGAAUUAUAUCAGUUUCUCAAAUUCUUCCAGCUACUACCUAGACACACUUGUAGUUAUGGACAAGGGACUAUACUUGAAAAUGCCGAUUUUGACCACCUUUUCCACCAUAGAUCUAUCUAACAACAACUUCGAAGGAGAGAUUCCAGAUGCUUUGGGAAAUUUAAAAGCACUCACCGUACUCAACUUGUCAGGAAAUAGCCUCACUGGUCAAAUUCCAUUGUCGUUCGGAAAUCUAAGCGAGCUCGAGUCGUUGGAUCUUUCAAGAAACCAACUUUCAGGAGAAAUCCCAAGGCAAUUGACAAGUUUGACCUUCCUUUCAACCUUGAAUGUAUCAUAUAAUAAUCUCGUAGGAGGUAUACCACAAGGGAGCCAAUUCGACACCUUUUCAAAUGCUUCCUAUGAGGGAAAUGCAAAACUAUGUGGGUUGCCUUUGUCAAGGAAGUGUGGAGUAACUGAUAGAGCAUUACCUCCGGCAUCAACCUCCCAACAAGAUGAUGAUUCAACAAGUCUACUUGAUUGGAAAUUUGUUGUAGCUGGAUAUUGCUCCGGUUUAAUAAUUGGACUGGUUGCAGGACAACAAUUGUUUUGGAGAAACAACCGAUACUUUGGAUAUAUUUUGAGAAUCAGAGGAUCCAAGCAAAGGAAAGGGCUAAAGAAGAAACACCACAACAGAAGGAAAUGA